UGAUUGAUUCACAAAAUUUGACGUUUCACGAUAAUGAAAAUGAAUUUGUGAUUUGGUUGGUUGGAUUUGGUGAUUUACAAUUAAAUGUAGAAUUUAUUUGAUUCCAAGCCUUGCCAUAUUAAAUAGUUUACCUUAACUCGGCUUAAAAUCAAGUGCAAACACGAAAAUGAUUGUGCGGCUAUCAUUGUGUUCAUAAGAUGUCUGCAGCGAAGGGGUCUAGCAACAAUAGUAUUGAAUUCGAUCCAAUUUUGCCUGAUACAGGACUUUUGUUCUACGAAGAAUGCCCACGAGAGUUUGAAAUAGAGAGACCGCGGUUAUUACCAUUGAAAUCGCCUACCCAGAUACGUUUUGAGCAGCUACAACACGAAGCAGCUAGAGUUUGGAGAGAGAAACAAAAAACAGCGAAGAAAAAUUAACUUUAUGCCGUAAAGUUUGUUUUGAAAACAGUAAAAAUGGUGUACACAUUGUUUGUAAUAGAACUGGUGUCAGCAUUUGUCCUAGCGGCAACGUUGUUGUACAGAUAUGGAGACUGUUACAGGAAUCACUUGAUAGUGACAGUGUCGGUGCUUACAGCAUGGUACUUUUCAUUCGUUAUUAUGUUCAUCUUGCCUCUAGAUGUGACAUCGACUGUCUACCAACAAUGUAUUUUAAAUGACAACACAACAACAGCCAAGGCCGAACAACUUCUAGUCGGCAAUGCGACAACCACCGCAGCACCUCCGAGCAGUCACUGUCAGCAGCCUUGGAGUAAUGUACCGAAAAGCGUAUUCCCUAAUUUAUGGAGAGUCGUAUACUGGACUUCACAAUGCUUGACAUGGCUUAUAAUGCCAAUGAUGCAGUCUUACAGUAAAGCCGGAGACUUUACAGUGAAGGGUAAACUUAAAUCCGCCCUAGUAGACAAUGCAAUCUACUACGGAUCAUACUUGUUGAUUUGUGGGAUCCUUCUCAUAUACCUGGCUUUCCAAAACGAUGGCAUAGACGGCCCUAAGAUAAAAGCCAUUGCAUCAUCGGCCAGUAACACAUGGGGACUGUUUCUGUUGAUACUUCUACUAGGAUAUGCCUUAGUGGAAGUACCAAGGAACUUAUGGAACAAUUCGAAAAAGAAUUACUCGCUGACGUACAGCUACUUCAAGAUAGCUAAAUUGAGCACAGAUAAGUGUGAAGCUGAGGAAACUGUGGAUGAAAUUUUGGAUAGUCUGCAAGCAGCUCAGACAGCCAUCAGCACAGGGCACCCAUUACACAGGCAUGUGGAGACAAUAGUCCAGAAGUUGCCUAUUCAGUUGCGAGACCGACUGAACUCCAGAGCCGCGCCCUACAGGCCGGCGGCGCCGUCUUUCAAGUCACUUAUCAACUUGCAUAAGAAGACGAUCAAAGCGCUCCACGUGCUCCAACGUACGGAGACGCAAUGGGGCAUGAUGCUGGAGCGUAUCUUCCACCUCGAAGAUGUGGCGGCCAACCUCCGCUCGCCUGAUAAGCGCUUUCAGCACACCUUCCAUACGCCACGGCCGCGGCUGCAGAGACUAGUAUACCCUCCUAUCAUAGAAUGGUACUGGGAGUGUUUCCUGCGCCAGUACUUCCUCAAGACGAUGGCGGUGGUGACGGGCGUCAUGUCGUUGGCCAUCAUCUGGUCGGAGAUGACGUUCUUCUCGGAGAAGCCAGUGCUGUCCAUAUUCGCGCACAUAGUAUCGGCUGCAACCAGCCAGUACAAUUAUGCUGCUAUAUUGUCGAUAUCAACCAUCAUAAUAUGCUACAUGUUCUACUGUGCCUUCUCAACCGUGCUCAAGAUUCGUUUCCUAAACCUGUACUACUUAGCGCCACAUCACCAGACCAACGAGUACAGUCUGAUAUUCUCGGGAAUGAUGGCGUGUCGACUUACCCCCGCUAUGUGCCUGAAUUUCCUGAGCUUGGUGCACAUGGAUGCUAGGUUCAGGGCCGAACAGAAGGAGAAGAUUGUGGAGACUGCUUACACUAAGAUCAUGGGCCACAUGGAAGUGCUGGGCAUCAUCGCGGGCGGCUUCAACAUCUACUUCCCGAUGCUGGUGGUGCUGCUGUGCCUGGCCACGCACCUGUCGCUGGGCAGCCGCCUGCUGACGGCGUGCGGCUUCCAGCAGUUCGUGGGCGACGACGACCUCACCACCGACCUGGUGGACGAGGGCCGCGAGAUCGUCAAGCGAGAAAAGCGCAAGCGCCAGCGGGCCGAGGAAUCGCUGUCGCGUCGUCGCGACUACAACAACCGAUUCUCCAACUACCGCGCCGCCCGCGACGAUAGUGGAGCCCACACCGGGCUCCUAAAUGACGUCGACACAGACUAUUACGUCAGCCCGAGCCCCGACCGAGUGCAGGAAGCCUCCGGCUACCAACGGGCUGAGGUUCCUUACAACAGAUCCGAUCUGACAUUGGAGGAUGAGAUAGACAAAAGAUUCGGGAAAAGCACGCAAUCCAGCCGGUCGGAGUUCGACGACCCGAGGGACAAGAUGACGAUACCGCCAAGAGGACUGUUCGAUGAUGUGUAAGUGUCAAGUUAUACUCCCGUUCUGUACCUUGCUUUGAAUUGGGUAGGACACUAUUGUAAAUGUUCGAAAGAUGAUGUCAAAAAUUGUACUGUUUUUUUAAUUCGUGGUCUAAAGAUAGACUAAAUAUUAUUGGAGCACCCGUUCUGUACUGCUCGCUUUAAAUUAGGUAGGACAUCACUACUCAAAAAGGGUUACACUUGUAGAUGUUCGAAAGAUAACGACAAAAUCUUGCUGGGAUGAGACGUCACAUUUUUUUUGUACACGGUCUGAAGAUGGACUGUAUUUAGUCGAGCACCACUCAUCGACUUGCUCGAAUAUAAACCUACCUUAAUUUGACGGGUCAGUUGUAUACAUAGUUUCGCCGGUAAUUUACAAAUUCUGGCUUAAUUUUAGCUUAUUUAUAACAAAGCCAUCUAUAAUGUAGAUCCUAGAUAACCAGUUUUGUAAUUUUAUAGGACGAAUACGCCUUAACGUAACUUAUUGUCUUCAAAGAUAUAUCUUUAAAUGAACACAUAUAAAACUCAAGAUUAAUUAACAGAGGCGGAUAAAAGGCUAGUAAUUGAUUUAUUGUUAUAAUUAGCUUAUAAUAAAUCGACUUUCAAUAAAAUACGACUAGAUUUACGUCAAAUAACGUGAUUCGAUUCGUUUACCCAGUUUAUAAACAAUAAUUAAUAGGUACAUACUUAUAAUAGGCUAGUUUCCUAAAAAAUUUUUUUAGUCCGUCAUGUUUAAUAUCAAAAAAUAUUGGACACAUAUAUUUUUAUUUGUCAAUCUAACAAAUAAUUACAUAGUUAUGGUGCGUUGAAGUUCCGCACGACGUCACAACGUGCGGCACUUUUAUGCAAGCAUUGACGUCACGGGCCUCUUCUUAUGAACUAUGGCGCGCUUUAUCUCUUUAAAUUUUCAUUAGUUUGAAAAAGUGAAAAAUACGUGUAGAGUAUUUUUGAUAAGUUAACUGACGGACUAAUUAAAACUCUUGCUUUUUGACCCAGGAAACAUCCCUAUUAUGUUGUUUGCUUUUAAUGAUAAUAUAAUAUUAUGCCCAAAAGGACAAUGUUCGUUCUCCAUACAUUGUUCGCCGUUAGAUCAACAGUGCCGAAAUAAUACUUUCUAGGUUCUAAAUGACACAAAUCUUUAUGUAAGAACAAUUAUUCCUGGCGGACCAAUUCUAUAAACUUAUUGAUAGCAAUAUUGUUAUCAUAACCUCUUACUUACUAGUAUUGUAUUAUAUUAUUUUAUGCACAUCGAUUUGGGAGAUGUUCUGUAUUGUAGUUGUCGCAGCCAAAUUGUAUUAUAAUAUUGGACGGGUUUUGGAAAUAGCUCGGCGUUCCACUUUUAUGAUUUACUUACUUACAUUUUGCACGUAAAUAAAUAACAU